UUGUCGCUCGUUCGCGAAACAACCCAACACUACUGUUUUGCAAAAUGGCACUAAAAAAGUAAAUAUUGAUUUAAAUGUAGUAAGUAGAGUUAGACAUGGAUUUCACAGAUUUUGAAGUGCGAAAGUGCCCGCCGACAGUUUUCUACAUUCCUAACUUUCUUACCUCGGACCAGGAACAGUCCAUACUAAGUCAUAUUGAACGCACGCCAAAGCCACGCUGGACGCAAUUACUAAAUCGUCGUCUGAUUAACUAUGGCGGUGUGCCUCAUCCGAACGGCAUGAUUGCCGAGGAAAUACCCGAAUGGUUGCAGAACUAUGUGGACAAGGUAAACAACUUGGGCGUCUUUGAAUCACAAAAAGCAAACCAUGUGCUUGUCAACGAGUAUCUGCCAGGACAAGGCAUACUUCCGCACACAGACGGGCCUAUGUUUUAUCCUAUUAUAUCUACGAUCUCUUGCGGUGCGCACACUGUACUGGAGCUCACCAAACGCGGCAGCAAUGGCGAAUCUACUGGCGAUGUGAUGUUUAAGCUGCUGCUGGAGCCACGCUCGCUGCUGAUACUAAAGGAAACGCUGUACAGCGAUUAUUUGCAUGCCAUUAGCGAAAUUAGUGAGGAUACGCUUUGCGAUCGCAUUUGCAAUUUUAAUCAGUGCGAGAAUACCUACAAGAUUGGAGAUCAUCUAGUGCGGCGUACGCCGCGCAUCUCACUGACCAUUCGCAAUGUGCCCAAAACAAGCAAAAUGAAACUAAAAUUUUGUUAGACUGUUAUUCAAACUUGCA